AUGGCUGGUGGUCUUUUAGCGGCACAUAGAGAGUAUUUCUUUGAAAUUGGUGGUUAUGCAAAAAAUAAAUAUAUUUACGUGUGGGGUGGUGAAAAUCUUGAAAUAUCAUUUCGUGUAUGGAUGUGUGGUGGUAGUCUUGAAUUUGUUCCAUGUUCUCGUGUUGGUCAUAUAUUUCGACCAGGUCAUCCAUAUAAUAUGACUGGAGAAAAAGGUAAAGGUGAUGUACAUGGCCGAAAUUCAAUGCGACUUGCUGAAGUAUGGAUGGAUGAUUAUAAACGUUUUUAUUAUAUGCAUAGACAUGAUUUAAAAGGUAAAGAUUAUGGUGAUGUUGAAAGUCGUCGAGAAAUUCGUAAACGUUUAAAUUGUUAUUCAUUUAAAUGGUAUCUUGAUAAUGUAUUUCCUGAAAAAUUUAUUCUUGAUGAAAAUGUUCAUGCAUAUGGAGAAGUUCGAAAUCCAUCAUCAAGUUUAUGUUUGGAUACAUUAGGUAGAGAUGAAAAAGGUUCAAUAUCAUUAUCAAUAUUUUCAUGUCAAAAUGGUGUAUCAGCAAAUCAAAAUCAAAAAUGGAUACAUGAAAAAAAUGGACUAAUUGUUCAUCAUCCAAGUAAACUUUGUCUUGAUGUUGAAGGUCUUUCAAAUAAUGAUCAAGUUAAAUUAAAAAAAUGUGAACCAAAUAAACCAUCACAAAGAUGGGUAUUUGAACAUUAUUCAACAACUUAA